CCAUGAUCGAAGUUGUAUUACCUUGACACUUUCAAGCUAUGUUUUAAAAUACAUUUCCAGGAUAUUUUUCUUAACAUAAGGGGACUGGACAGCUGGCUGAUGAUAUAGCACUGAGGUGAGUACAACAGUAAAACACGAGUAACAUUUUCCUUCUGUCGAGUUCGAGUCGAGCUUAAAGAUGUCGUACGAGAGGUUUGUCCCGUCAGUUCACACGCCGCCCACGGUUCAAGAGAUGAAGCAGAUCACUGACGAUUUACAUUUCAGCAGCUCUAUGGACCAGGUCGAAGCUCUUACAGCGGUUGCUACUGACGCCAUUAAUGUCUUGUCGCUGCUGGACACGUUCUGUGACCCCGUCCCAGAGGUCAAGUACCCCAGGACACCAGGCUACAGACCUCAACCACAAGACCGGGUAGGCAACGCCUGGGCCUGGCGAUGUGACGUCCAAGGUGCCCCCACAGGUAAACUGUCCGGGAAAACUUUUGCUAUCAAAGACAACACGGCUGUAGCUGGUGUCCCCAUGUCCAACGGUAGCCGGCUGCUACAGGGCUACAUACCAGAGUACGAUGCUACCGUCGUUACGAGAAUUCUAGAUGCCGGUGGGCGCAUACUCGGCAAGUCUUCGUGUGAUGACUUCUGUCUGAGCGCCAUGGGCUUCUCGGCCGUUGACGGUUACAUCUCCAUGCCGGACACGCCGGACUACAGGGUGGGGGGCUCGAGCGGUGGAUCCGCUGUUCUGGUAGCCACAGGUGAGGUGGACAUGGCACUAGGGGCGGAUCAAGGCGGUUCUAUCCGGAUACCGGCAGCUUGGACCGGCACUGUUGGCCUGAAGCCGACCUUUGGACUGGUGCCGUACACGGGUCUAGUGCCCAUAGAGCCGACAGUGGAUCACGCCGGGCCGAUCACGCGCAACGUGACAGACUGUGCUCUUUUCUUGGAGGUGCUAGCUGGGAGAGACGGUCUAGACGGCAGACAACAGACAAAUUUAAAGAUUCCCGAAUACAGCAAAUUUGUUGAGCAAGAGUUGGAGGGCAGAAAACUGGGCGUGUUGAAGGAGGGGUUUGACACGUGUGUCCCUGAGACACGGGCAGCGGUUAGAGAAUUUCUUGACGACGUCGCUACAACAAAGUUUGGCCUUGUGGACGUGUCUGUUCCCUUACACCAGCAUGGUCUUGCUAUUUGUACCGGCUUUUUCCCUUAUGGCUGCUUAAGUUGUCUCCAGAUGGGAACGGCCCCACAGUUCGCCCAAGGCUUGUACCCUACCAGCCUGGAGAAGGCUGUGCGUCAAGGUCUCCAGAGUUCUGCUACCCUUCUUGCGCCGGGCAUCAGGAGCUACGCGGCCGUCGGCGAGCUGUUCCGUCGUCGCUAUGGCAACCACUACUACUGCAAGGGCAGGAACAUGGUGCUGGAGCUGGCGCGUCAGUACGACGAGGCGCUGACCAAGUGUGACGUCAUCGUGAUGCCGACCAUGACUCACGUUUCGCCACGGUUUCCUGGGAAGCAUAGCACUGAAGCGGUCACCCAAGAAGCUUACCUGAGAGAGAACUCCAAGCAAAUAGUCAACACGGUUGUUGCCAAUAUGACAGGUCACCCAGCCUUGACCUUGCCGCUAGGCAAACUGGGUGACGGGUCUAAAGACAGCCUGAUGAUCGUCGGCAAGAAAUUUGAUGAGGUGACAGUACUACAGGUGGCCAGGACUUUGGAGAAACUGAUUGUUGCCAGGGAGUAGUGUUGUUGGUUGUUGUUUUUUUUUUUUUUUUGGAUUACACAAUCAAAUAUUUUUACAUAAUGUCCAACACAUUGCAUUUAUUGCAAUGUUUAUUCAGAAUGCUGAAAGUGUUUUAUUCUACUGAGUUUUAUAUAUAUAUAUAUACUAGCCGUCCCGGCCAGGCCCUGCUCUGGCUUCUGUGAAAAACCUUUCUGUUAAAGACCAUUACCUGUGUGUUUAGUAAUCAUCAUAAACCCGGCAUUGCCCACCCAAACCACAACCAACCAAAACCAAAACAACAAAACGCAAACAUAACGCUAACACAAUUACAAAUACAAACGAAAACAAAAACUUAACAACAAACACAACCACACCCACAAACACCAAUACAAACACAAAGAAAAAACAAACAAAAAAGCAAUCGAAAACAAAAACCUAACAACAAACCCAACCACAAACACCAAUACCAACAAAAAAAAAAUCAACGAAAAAAGCAAACGAAAACAAACCAAAUCCAAACGCAAAACCAACCAAAAACACAAAUACAAACCCAAACAAAAAAAAAACACAAACAAAAACGAAAAAAGAAAGAACAAAAACGAACCAAAUUAAAACGCAACCACUAACGCAAACCCACCUAAACACAAAGAAAACACUAACGCGAACAUAAACGCCCGGGGCGGAAUCACCUGUUUUAGCUUAAUGAACGACUAUAGUACCCCAACUUAUUCACAGUCUUUUGCACUCACUUAAACGAACGCGCCUGUUUCAAUUUAAUAAACAAUUUUAAUACUCCAAGCUUAUCCCUAAAAUACCUAAAACAUUUGCACUUGAUCAAUCCCCGCUAAUUAUGUAAUUAUUUUUUUUCCCAACACCAAAACAAAGUAAUUAAAAAGUAAAUGCUUUUCAACUAAUGCAAUGAUUUCAUAAAGGGAAGUAAUUGUGUUUUGCCUAAUUUAUCAAAGGGAAGUAAGCGCUAUAGGACUAAAUAAAAACAUAAUUAGAAUUUUUGUAAAAGAUGAUAUUUUUU